GAGAAGAAGAGUAAGCACUUCCUCUGCGAAAGGUCUUGAACAUGGCGACCUCCUGUCUCAAUGUUACAGAGCUGUGUUUGUUUUAGUAGUAACUCUGUUUAUAUUCGGGUCUGACCGCAUACACCACAUCAGCGAGUUUUAUUCAAACAGACAAUAGGAGUGUAAGAUGUUUUCAGCUGUAGUUCGGAGCCGUAAUCCGGUCUCUGUUGCACUGUCCCCUCGUUUUGGUGUUGUGAUGGACAGUGUGCGGGGCAGGAAGUCUCGCACUGACCCGAAAGCCAAGUCCAAAGCGGGCCGAAUCAAGACCCCGCCCCCGGUGGACCCUGUGGAGAUGGUGGUGCUGAAGCAGCGCUACACUGAGUACAACCUCAUCAUGAGGGCACUUAGAUUACAGUUUAAAGAGGAGAUGCUGAGGAAGCGCUAUGAGGAAGAGACUGGUUCUUUAGCAGAAGAGAGAGCCAAACAGGAGGCUGAUGAACACAGAUCCUUAAUGGCCUGGAACGAUGCAGAAAACCUCAGAUUACGAAAAAUACGUGAGCUGCGUGUGCAGGCAGAGACUGCAGCUGCUGAACAGAAGAGGAAAGAGGCAGUAAUUUUGCAUGCACAAGAGCUUGAGAAUUACAUAAAAGAAAAAGAGAAAGAAAUCCUUCAGCUACAGGAAGAUGCAAAGAACUUUAUUACACUGGAAAAUCUGGAUCAGCGGAUUGAGGAGGCAUUGGACAACCCUAAAAACUACAACUUUGCUAUAAAUAAAGAAGGACAAGUGGUCAAACAAACUGUGCUGCAAUAAGAAAGAUUGAUGAAAACCACAGGAGAGACUGAAAAUUAUCCAUGUUUAUUUACUUGCUCUGGUAAACUUAUCUAACUUUAAGUGUCCACUUUAAGAUGUUACUUUGUUUUCUUAAGUAAACGUUAAACUGUGUUUCA